UCGGGGGAGUGAUGGUCAUUUGAUUUUACCGGGAGUUAGAAAUAUAGUUAUUUGUAUAUACUGUAAAUAAUAAUAAUCUACAAAUAACCUAGCAGAAAUACGGAAACCAUGGUCCUCCACUCCGAUUUAGCGACAGAUGUAUCAACAGCAUCAAAUUUCCGUGAUGUGAAGGUAGAAAUGUUUCAUCUGAAUAUGAAAGUGGACUUUGACAAGCGGUGCAUCGUUUCCAGAGCAGACCUCGAUGUUAUCGUAGUGAAGCCUACUGAUAAAGUAACACUUGAUGUCCACCAAACCCUCACUGUUCAUAAAGUGGUGAAAGAAGAAGUUGAUGGUGGAAAUGCAGAACAACUAGAGUUUGAGAUCAAACCAUUUGCAGAUUAUGGCACAGCUCUUGAGAUAAAGUUUCCAGAAACUUAUGAAGGUGGCAAGAAAUUUGUUUUGAAGAUUGACUAUGUAUCAACAGGUGGCCCUGGAGUGUGUUGGCUGGAUCCAGCCCAAACUGCAGGCAAGGUGAAGCCAUACAUGUACACUCAAGGUCAGGCCUCAUGCAACAGGUCAUUCUUUCCUUGCCAGGACACUCCUGCUGUCAAAUGUCCAUAUUCAGCCACUGUCAAGGUGCCAAAGGGUUUCACUGCAGUAAUGAGUGCCAGUGAGUCCAGAAAGGAGGCUACAGGAGAAGAUGACCAUGAGACAUUUUUCUUCAGUCUCCAGCAGCCAGUCCAGUCCUACCUUGUUGCUCUGGCUGUGGGUGACCUGGCCAGUGCUGAGAUUGGACCGCGUAGUCGUGUGUGGACAGAGCCCUCUAUGCUGGAAAAAGCAAAAAAUGAGUUUGAUGGAGAAGUGGAAAUUUUUCUCAGCAAAGGGGAGGAGUUGUUUGGACCAUAUCAGUGGGGAAGAUAUGACCUGCUUGUUAUGCCGCCAUCUUUCCCAUAUGGAGGAAUGGAGAACCCUUGCCUAACAUUUGUAACCCCCUGUUUACUAGUUGGAGACAAAUCACUGACUGAUGUUGUCAUUCAUGAGAUAUCCCACAGUUGGUUUGGAAAUCUUGUUACCAAUGCCAAUUGGGGAGAGUUCUGGUUGAAUGAGGGUUUCACCAUGUUUGCUCAGAGGAGGAUUAUGGAGGAAUUGCCAGGUCUGGGGAAAGCUUACACCUGUCUUGAAGCUACCACAGGGCUGGCGUUGCUACGGCAACACAUGGAUGACACUGGAGAGGACCAUCCACUGAACAAACUGAGGGUGGUCAUAGAACCAGGGGUGGACCCAGACGACACCUACAAUGAGACACCGUAUGAGAAAGGAUACACCUUUGUCUGCUAUCUCCAACAGCUGGCUGGUGGAGUGAAAGAAUUUGAUGAUUUUCUCAAGAAAUAUGUGGAGAAAUUCAAGUUCAAGAGCAUCGUAGCUGAGGAUACAUUAGAUUUCUUUCUAGACUGUUUCCCUAAUCUUAAAGAGCAGCAAGUUGAUAAGAAGCCAGGGUUUGAGUUCAAGGCGACAUGGCUGGAGAAAGCAGGCUGGCCUCCCUAUGUCCCUGAUCUGUCUGCUGGACGUGCCUUGACCACCCCAGCAGAAGAACUGGCCAACUACUGGGCAGGUGAAACCCAGGAAUGUUCUGACAAAGAUCCAUCCAGGUGGAAAACGUAUCAAGUUUUCCACUUUUUAGACAAGAUACUGGAAAAGAGCAAGCUGCCAGAGAACACUCUGAAGAAAAUGGCAGAAACUUACCCUUUCAUUGCCAAUACUCAUAAUGCAGAAGUGAGACUGAGAUGGUCACAGAUCACACUAAAGCAUGAUUACCAGGAGGACUUUCCAAACAUCAGACAGUUCCUACACAGCCAAGGGAAACAGAAGUAUGUCCUUCCAAUCUAUCGUGCAAUGAUGAAAGGGUCUGAAACAGCAAAGAAAAUGGCUCACAGUGUUUUUGAGGAAACAGCAUCGCAACUCCAUAUAAAUGUCAGAAAUUAUGUCAAAAAGAUACUCAAUAUCAGUUAAAGCAUUUGAUUGUAAUAAUAUAUGAAGGGCUUAAGCAGGCUUUAGUUAGUGCUUAUUUCUUUGAUUCUGAAUGCUAUUUAACCAAAAACUCAAUUGAAAACAUUGAAAUAACAUUACUGCACGAGUAAUGCUUGAAUGGCAUGCCCAAUGUAAAAAAUAAGAUAUGCUAUAAGACAGGAGAUAUAUAUAUAUAAACAGUUACAGAAAUUGAAUAUUUUAUUUAAAAAAAACUAAAUUUAAUUAAUUGUCUGUAAGUCCUGUGUAGCUGAAAGGUUUUAAAGAUUCCAUCCAAAUUUUUAAUAAUGAUUCAACAGCUAAAAGAUAAGCUAUUCAAAUUAUCCAUGCUACUUAAAAAUGCAAAUGCAAAGAAAUGUAAUAACUGACUGAUGACUUUAUAUAUAUAGAGAGAGAAGGAGGCAGAUCCGGAGAUAUUUUUUUGACAGUCUUCCCAACUGUCUUUUUUAUCCAUCCUCAAUUUUGACUGUCUUCCCACAAAAAAAUUAGAUGCCCAUCAAUGUAAACUUGAAAAAUUCAGACCAUCUUCCAGAAGACCCAGAAGAUGGCCUCAAUCCGCCCCUAUUUAAAUGAAUGAUCCACAGAUAAACAAAGCUGAAAUGACCAGCUGCAGUUUGUUUGUAUGUGUAUGUACAGCACUUCAUCCUGUUCCCAUUCACUACAAACCUCAGACGAUGGGCGUCUGGUUCCCGUUCAGCAUUAAUUUUGUAAAUUUAGAAAUAAAUUGAAAUAUAAUAUUCGGUCAAUAUCACCUCUGUCUUUACAUUUUUCUGUUGAAAGGGCCGGUUACAAGAUUUCCGUGAAAAGAAGUGACUGAGAAAUUUUCCUACGCCCACAAUAAUAUUUUAAUUUCGUUCAGAAAUAUGCUUAAAUACCAGUUUUACUUCAACAGUAUUGUAAAAGUUGCAAUGACAUUUAAGAUGCUUUAUGGUUUUAAUAAAGGCUGAGAAUUUCA